CCCAGCACGGGGUGUUUCCAUUUCAUUUAUCUAGAAACGUCUGACGUCUCUCCGCUUCCUUUAACGAACCAAGCUCUCGAAACAUGCCUUACUCCAAAGUUAUACCUGCUAUGGCCAGGGUAAAGCCGGAUAAGUUAUUCGGGGUGCGAUUGCGCUCCACGGUCGCGUCCAAGAAGCUGAAGUGAGACGCGCCGCUGGAUUCCUCGUGCGCUAUAGUGGAGACGCAGGAUCUCAUCAGCGGAGCCAAAUCGCGCACUCGGCGCGCACACAUCUCCAUCGAUUUCGACAACUCACAAGAAGCGUACAAGAGCAAAGAUACCUUGGAGCUGCUCAGAAGUCUGCUGGUGUUUAAACUUUGUUCUUUUGACUUCCUAGUUGAUAAAAACAAAGUGCUGAUGGAUCUCAGUAAGAAAGUUUUUGGUCAGCGGCUUUUCGAGCAACUGAUGAAGAUGACCUUCUACGGGCAGUUUGUGGCAGGCGAAGACCAGAACUCCAUCAAGCCCUUGAUUGAGAAGAACCAGGCGUUUGGUGUCGGAUCGGUUCUGGACUACAGCGUGGAGGAGGAUCUGACCCAAGAGGAGGCUGAAAAGAAAGAAAUGGACUCAUGUGUUUCAGAGGCUGAGAAAGAAAAUCACGUGAAAACCGCUGUUUUCAUCCCCCAGGACUCUGAGAGUAUGGACCAUCGUGAGAAGAAGUACACAGCUCAUCGUCAGUUUGGAGAUCGGCGUGGAGGAGUGAUCAGCGCCCGGACGUAUUUCUAUGCAGAUGAGGCCAAAUGUGACCAUCACAUGGAAACUUUCAUCAACUGCAUUAAAGCGUCCGCUGGAAGUUCUGUCGAUGGAUUUUCUGCCAUCAAGAUGACUGCACUGGGGCGUCCGCAGUUCCUGCUUCAGUUCUCAGAGGUGCUGGUAAAAUGGAGGAGGUUUUUUCAUCUGUUGGCAGCACAUCAGGGCAAGGAUGGGAUGGCCUUACUGGAACAGAAACUGGAACUGGAACAACUUCAGGACAGUCUGAUCAAACUGGGAGUCGGCGCUAAAUCUGACAUAAAGAACUGGUUCACUGGAGAGAACCUGGGUUCAUCUGGAACCAUUGAUCUGCUGGACUGGAACAGUCUUAUCAAUGACACAACCAAAAUCUCCAACUUGCUUGUGGUGCCCAACAUGGAGAAGGGUCACCUGGAACCUUUGUUGAGGAAAUUCACUGAUGAAGAGGAGAAACAGAUGAAGAGGAUGCUGCAGAGGAUGGAUGUUCUGGCCAAGCAUGCUGUGGAGAGCGGUGUGCGACUGAUGGUGGACGCAGAACAGACGUAUUUCCAGCCGGCCAUUAGCCGACUGACGCUGGAGAUGCAGAGGAUCUUCAACAGAGAAAAGCCCAUCAUCUUUAACACCUAUCAGUGUUACCUUAAAGAGGCGUAUGAUAAUGUGUCUGUCGAUGUGGAGCUCUCACGGCGGGAGGGCUGGUACUUCGGAGCUAAACUGGUUCGUGGAGCGUACAUGAAUCAAGAGAGAUCACGCGCCGCAGAAAUCGGAUACGAAGAUCCCAUCAACCCUGAUUAUGACGCCACCAACAGAAUGUACCAUAAGUGUUUGGACUACGUCCUGGAAGAGAUUCAUCUCAACAAGAUGGCAAAUGUGAUGGUGGCGUCUCACAAUGAGGACACAGUUAAAUUCACCCUGGAAAAAAUGAAUGAGAUGGGUCUCUCUCCAACCGAGAAUAAGGUUUACUUUGGUCAGCUGCUGGGAAUGUGUGACCAGAUCAGCUUCCCGUUGGGUCAAGCUGGAUUCCCGGUGUACAAGUAUGUCCCGUACGGUCCUGUGAACGAGGUCAUCCCUUACUUGUCACGCCGGGCGCAGGAGAACCGCGGCAUCAUGAAAGGAUCUCAGAGGGAACGCAGUCUUCUGUGGAAGGAGCUCAAACGCAGACUCUUCAGUGGACAGCUGCUCUAUACACCAGUAUACUAAAUCAAACACACAACUGUAUUUUAAACAACUCCUCUAACUGUACAUAUAUUAUAUAUAAAUGGGAAAACCAUUAUGUCCCAGUAGCAUUGGCCUCAGAGGACACUAGUGUGCGCUGGCUUUUCCCAGAUUUCACUGGGAUUUUAUUUUUAAGAUAAACCUAAAAAUGGCCACCUAUACACUGCAUGUAGAAACUAGUUUUUGGCUAGGUUCGAGUUUCACCAGACUGGUUUUGUGAGAUGGACUCCGUAGACAACAUUAUCUUAAACCAGUGGUGUUGGAUUGUGAGAGGUGGAAACAUUAUAUUAUGUCUUACUGACCACCCACGAGGCUUCGGUUACAUCCGAUGAACAGAAAUGUUGAUGGUGAAAGUUAUGUUUAAGGAUGCUGAAUACUGCUCAAUUGUGCAUAAGGAUUUAUUUAUGGGAUAUUUAUUAAGAAAGUAAAUUGGGGUGAUUGUGAGCUUGUUGUCUGGAAAAACAUAUUUCUUUGAAGAAUCAUUCCUUUAUCUCCUCUAGAUGGCAGUAUAAUAAGAUCCCCUCGCCACUUCCUACCAUAAAAUUGGUUAUGUUCAGAAUCGCAUAUUUUCACAGUAAGUUUUGUGUAUGCGUACUAACACACCUGUGAAAAUGUGUGGUGUACCAGCAGAGAUUUGUGAAAUCCCACAAAGCAUUGGGUUCUAUUUCACGUUGCAUCUUUAAUGUGUGAUGAAUAAACCGGAAGCAAUAUCAUAAUUUUCAGACUCAUUAUGUGACUGAACUGUAAGAGUUACCACAGUUUGAGAGUUGCAUCAAAACGCAAUUCUGACAUGUUAGAUGCCAUUCACUGAAUUAAACAUGCAACAUACAUGUGAUGAUAAUGAAAGUUGAUAUUGUUCACAUUAUUUUUUAUACUUGGCAGGUGUUCAGUGUGUCGGCUGUUUUCCUUAGAUUUUGGUGGUUCAUUUUCCAUUAAAAAAAGGAUGUUCUUUUAAAACGUUUGUAUAAAAUCUCUAACAAUAAUAAUUAAUUUUUUCAUGUGUUGUAUAGUGUCUUGAUUAAAGAAGUGUGUUUAAACUUUUAUUUCUGACAUGAGAAACAUUUUAGCACUAAAUGUCAUGUGACCUUAAUGAGUUUUUUAUUUAGCAAAAAGCUGCUAGGUUUGAGUUUUAGAUUUAGUGUUAGUAUUUUAAAUGGCACAUUUCUGCUCUUAAAGUGUUUUGCACUGUUUCAUACUCUUAAUGGAGAUGAAUAUGGAUGGUUGUAAAUAAAGUAUAUUUUAUUAAAACAUGA